AUGGAGGUACUUGAGGCUUACCAGGUGGUGUGUGACAAUGAGAAAAGAAAGAAACAUGACAAACACGGAGAGAAGGCAUUCCAGAGUAGGUUCUCUGAUGGAGGUGGUGGACGAGGAUCUGGGUACACAUGGGCUGAAUAUCAAAGAACAUCUGCGCAAUCCUCCGGCUUUCGCAGUCCCUUUGAAGCCUUCUUUAGCUCGGAUAAGCCCGGUGAAGGGGCUUCUAAUUUUCCCAGUUAUGAGGAUGUUGAUAACCUUUCGGAUUCAUUUGGUUUCCGUGGAUCUCGUUUUGGUGACUAUGAUUCAGCCUCACGUCAUUCAUCCUCUACGGGAAGUGCAAACCAGGGCCAAUCCAAACAAAAAAGUCAAGAUCCUCCAAUUGAACACGAUCUAUAUGUUACCCUGGAGGAACUCUAUAAAGGCUGUAAGAAAAGCAUGAAGAUCACUCGAAAUAUAACAGAGAUAGAUGGAAAGACGAAGCAGGAAUCCAAGGUCCUCAUCGUCAACGUCAAGCCAGGCUGUGAAUCCGGUACAAGCACUUUCGAAGGAGAAGGAGAUCGAGAUUCGCGUAGGAAUCCAGUAGAUGUAGUGUUCAUCAUUCGGGAUAAGUCUCAUCCCCUCUUCAAGCGAGCCAGAGCUGAAGCUAUCUUGCAAAUUUUAUUUAUUGACCUCAGACGUAUCAAUGAAUGGCAUGCGUCCCUAAGGAUGAAGGAUAGACGUGGUGUGGACAGAGGAUCCUGCAGGGAAUGUGGAGAGUCAGAAUGUGCGGAGUACGAGUUGCCUCCUGAUGAAAAUAAAAAUGAAUGCGGCUACUGCUUCUGCGCACCAGUCAAACAUAUUAAAAAAGAGACAAGUCAGAUUUUUCAAAGCAGUGGAACUUUUCAUCAUGACAUCCCUGAGGAUGAAAAGACUGUUGAGUUAAACCCCACGGGAAACAUAUCUGAUGAGAAUGGGAAAACCUUAUCAGACCCAGUCCUGGCGAUGGUGAGUGCUCUCAAUGACCAAUCAACUGGACCCGAUUCCACAGAUGCAACUCAAGAAGACUUGCUCUCAGACCAUCAUGUCUCAUUCAACCCUUCUGCCGGGGUUGAUCCAACUUUGAGUCCAUUAUGCCCACCUCCAGUGCCUCAGGAUACAUUUUGUCAAAGUCCAGUCACCACUUUCCAUAAGAAUGACAUCAAAGAAAUGGUCCAAAGGGUUGGUUCUGAUGGAGUCAGCGAGUAUAGUGCUGAGAGUGAGCCCAUCCACACGAGCCCUCAUCAAACAAAUCGGCUCGUGGCUGAAGUCCUUCCAGUGUCCCCACUUGCUCGAACUGGGGAACUCAAAGGGAAAUAUUUAGAGCUGCUUGUCUGGGCUCUUCAAAAUAUUGAUGUGAAGGACUGUGGGCUUUAUCAUCCUUUAGUUGACUUUAAAGCUCCAUUUAUUGGCUUCAUUCGUGUUGGGAAUCUUCGUAAUAAUCUUUCAAAAUCUAAGGUGAUUAAUGAAGCCUUGUUUGAGAAACACGACGCGUUCUUCCACGCAGACCUGAACCUCGGAGAAGCUAGACGACAAAUCAGCAACGGGGUUAUCGAAAUGGCUUUGGCAAAAAUUCAUUUGUCCCCUGGAAAAGAGAUUAAGGAGUCAUAUGAAAGUGAAAGUCUAAAACCUGCCUUCAUUUUGAAUUUGCGGGGAGACGCCGCCAUCUAUCCUACGCAAGUCCAGCUCCUUGGAAAUAUCUGCUCGUUUGUCAUCCUGUUUCUUGGAAAAGAGACUACACCAUCCAUUGGCGGAGGUGACCAUGCCUUGAGCGAAGUCGUUUCCCAUUUGGUCCGCACAAAUGGGACAAAAGGAGCUCGUUGCACUGUGUUGAAAGAUAAAACACACACAUCGCUCAAUAUCACUCACGUCAAAAGCAGCAAUCAAAACGUGAAGUUCGUCAAUCUCCAAAAGACUAAUCGCCCUCUUAAGGCAGUCCGAGACGAGGUUCUUCAUAUCGAAGAACAGCGUGGGAUAUCGAAAACUCUUCUGGAAUUUGAGAAGUCCCUCGGCCGAAGGCCGGCAGAGCAGAUCAGAAACUGUCUUUUCUAUUUGGGGAUGAAGUUGAAUAGCUUGAGCACUGAGGCACUGAAUCCCUUGCGUGUACAAUGGGAGAAAAACUGGGAAUUUCUCAAUAUUUCUGGCAAAGAUGAUGACAUGGAAGAAAGAAAAAAGAAGAAGAUGCAACUUGCAGAGGUAGAGAGAAAAAUGCUGGAGUCAUCUCUGGGCAUAGAGAACAUUUUUAGAGAGUUCGCUCAAAUCUACGAAUGCCUCAUUGAAACUCCUAAUAAAAAUAAUGUGUCUGGUCUUCCUGGAACAAUGGCUUCAUUGAUAUUGGAUGGAUUGACAUUGGAGUUAUUAGAUGGUGAUAAUGGAUACAUCCCUCUGAAAUGGUUGAAAGCUAUCUUCGACAAAAUGAGAUGGAGGGUAGGGAAAAUUUGGGUGCUCUCAGUCAUUGGCAUUCAAAGCUCGGGCAAGUCAACAAUGCUCAACACAAUUUUCGGUUCGGACUUUUUAGCUCGAACGGGAAGGUGUACGAAGGGGGUCUACAUGCAGUUUUUCCCCUUUGGAGAUGAAAAUGAAGGAUGUGAUUCACCCAGGGAUUAUUUAGUUCUUCUAGACACGGAGGGAUUGAGAUCACCCGAAUUUUCAGACGAUUACUCCGGAAGACGAGAUAAUGAACUUGCUUCGUUUGCCAUUGGAAUGGCAGACCUAACUCUCCUCAAUGUUAUGGGCGAAACGCCAUCAGAUGUGAAAGAGCUUCUGCCGACCGUCCUCCAUGGCUUCAUCCGAAUGGGCGAGGUCAAACUAGAACCUCAAGUAGCCAUCAUUCAUCAAAAUGUGCAAGCAGACGCUCACAGGUCUCGUAAACAAGGUCUGAAAAAAAUGCAAGAAGUUCUCGAUGAAAUGACGGUGGUUGCGGCAAAGGAAGAGGACUUGUUUCCAAAAAUCAGCAGGUUCCAUGACGUCAUCAAAUUAAACUUGACAAAGGAUACCCACUACUUCCCUCCAUUGUUUCAGGCAGGCACACUUAGCAUCCACUCUGAGAAAUAUGGAUGCAAAGCAAAACAAAUGAAGACGGUCAUCUUGGAUAAACUGCGCUCCUGCAAUGGGAGGGAUCUGAACCUCUUCAGUCGACAUAUGGAGCAAUUAUGGGGAGCAAUUAUGAAGGAAAACUUUGCCUUUAGCUUUCGCAAUGUCAUGGAAAUGGCGGCCUACAAUGAUGUGGAAAGCAUUUUGCAUGCACUCGUGCACGAAGCAGAUGGGCAACUUAUGGAGAGGUGGGACAAGUGGAAGGGAGAAAUCAUGGCUGCAAGCAAUGAAACAAAGAUUCAGGAUGUGUGCCAAAAGGGAAAGAAGGAAUUAGAUUCCCUGACGGAAAAAGUUUCUGAAGAAAAGAUUGCAGAACUGAAUGAAAAGAUCAACUCAUCAGAACGAAAGGACCUUUGCGAAAUGUGGCGUGGUAGGAGUACGUCUCAACUCCGCAGCCAAAUCGACGCCAAACGAGACCAAAUCCGUCAACUUUUUCUUGCGAAGGGAAGACAGCAGUCUGCAAUUUUUCAUGUAGAAAAUCAAGUCUCCAAAUUAAUAAUGAAAAUGGAAAAGCAAAUUGAGGAACAUGGGAAGGACGAAAGUGGGGCCUUUGACAUGGAAGCCCGACGUAAGGAACGAUUUGAAGAAUUAGCAGAAAUGUGUUUGAAAAAAUUGGACAUCAAGUCCAUGGCAGAAGCAUAUGCAAAAGAUGACUGUAUGAAGUACGUUCUGCAUCAAAUAUACGAGCUUGCGAAGAGAGCGGCAGAAAAGGAAGAUCGCCCAGGGCUGAUGGCGGUAAAGGUUCUGAUGUAUGCAUGUCGAGAGAGCAUUCCACACUUAUUGCAGAGUCAAAAGAAAGAGCAAGCCAAAGUAGAGAAGAAACUUAUUGAGCUGAAGGAACAGUUUCGGGACAAAAUUAAUGCACAAUCUGAUUCGGCCAAAUUGAAAUGGACUGCCAAAUGUGUUUUGCAAUCCAUUUGGAAAUCUUUCCAUGCAUCAGCGUUGCUGCAUGCGAAACGACGGUUUUUUGACUUUUUGGGAAAGCAGAGGUUUUUCAAGAAUAAGAAGGCGUUCACUGGAUAUUGUAUGCUAAGACUAAUUAGAGAAGACGAUUAUGAGACAACGAUGGAGUUUGUCAGGAGCCCUGGUGAGUGGAAGAAAAAUUACUUGAAAGAGAUGUCCUGCGAGUUCCUUGAAGUAAAUCGUCAGCGAGAAUUUUUCGAUUCCACAAAAAUGAUGAAAGAGUUUUGUCAUGAAACCAUCGAGAGCUUCCUAAAAUUCCUUGAUGAACCCGGCUUGAAUUCUGUUCAUUUGGAUCGCUUCAUUGAAAUGAUCAAUGUACGCCUAAAAUUGGCACAUCCCAUCAAGCUUCAAUCAAUCGUUCGUAGUUCUUGCUCUAUUAUUUACAAUAGUAAUGAGUUCAUUCAGAAUUUGAGGAACUUUGUGGCCGAAAAAAAGGGGGACAUUUUGGAAUUUGAGCAAGUGGAUCUGCUCUCUGAUGAUGAAGAAUCACCCAUCCGUCGCCUCCAGAAGAACUUAUUGGGUUGCCUUAAUCGAUGUCCAUUUUGCGGGACUGAAUGCGAGCAAACUUUUGAGAAUCACAUUCAACGCGAACAAAGUAACUCAGUCACUCUUCAUGGCACGGAAAUUCACAUCCCCCAGUGCAUGGGACGGUAUCGAUGGUUGAAAACGGAAGAAAUGGUAUUGGAGACGUGUCCUGAAUCCGUAGGUAGUGAGACGAGCUUCAGAACCUCAGAUGAGGAGGAAUGGACUCCUUUUAAGAAGUACAAAACCAAAUAUCCUGAUUGGGACAUCCCUCCGAAGGAGCAAGACAAUUCUCCGCUUUUCUGGAAGCGUUUUAUUGGGCGACAUUCAGAUGCCUUGGCGAAAACAUAUGGAAUGAAGGUUUCCAGUCAACUGCCUCCGGCUUGGAAGCAAUACACAACGGAAGAAGUUAGAGCUAACCUCAGGGAUCUUUACUUCCUCCAUGAUGAGGAUGAAAAAUGA